UCUAUAGAAAACAGGUUGGAUGACAGCCACGCUGUCCAGUGAUUGGAAGAUUUGGUGAAAUUCGUUCGCUCCUGUAGCACGUAUUUGUAAAUCAUAAUGAAUUUAAACCAUGUAAACAAAGUUGAUAUAAACUCGAAUGUUUUUGGUCGUAUUUUGCUGAGGUCUGCUACCAAAUGACAAAAGCACAGGGGUCGUUAUUCAAACAAGACCUGAGAAAUAGAUUCGGGAAUCAUUAAUAUCUGUUUGAUACAAAAAUGAAUUGGAACGUCAAUGCAUGAUCUCAAAAAUGUUUCAUUCCUGAUUAAUUAGAAUGAGUCAUCUUUUUAGCUAAUGUUAUCAUAUAUACACUUUUAAAUUUUAGAUCUUGUGAUAUAUUGAAUUAUCUGUUGAUAACCGAUCAAAUUAAAAACAUUUAGUUGAAGCCACUUGUUAUACUGAAUGUUUAUAAGUAGAAAAAAUGAAUUUGGCCUCUUAUCAACUGACACACCCUGAGCUUUUGUCCGAAGAGACACUUCGAGAACUUUUAAAAAAUAGAUGCAUCGAGCUUCCUAGGCUGCAACUUUUAAGCAAACCAGAACUAGUAGAAAUUUAUAAGCGUGUCGUUUUGCCGUUACCACAAAGGCAAUUUGACGAAGCUCGACAUUUAGGAAAGAAAUUAUCUACCCUACGUUCAAAAAAUGGAAUUGCCACCGCAUGUUAUGAAGAAAAUGUUUUUACUGAGAAAGAAGAAUUUUCUCCAUCGAAAAGUAAUCCUGAACAAAACGGCGUAAUACAAGCAAGAGUCAAUAAUAAUGUUGAAAGACUAAAACCACCUAUCAGUGACAGUAAAUCUCUACCAAAGAAGAUCUGUCUAUCCCAUGCUUAUAAGGCAGAAAAGGAAUGUGCUUUGAAACGUAAACACAGUGAAAUAAAAUCAUUUCAAGGCUCUUUGAUGGAUUCAAAGAAACGACAAAAAAUUACAUGGCCAUAAUAAUCUGCUAAUCAUUGAAAAAGAUCAACACAAUUGCUGUUAUGAACAAGAUCUCUACAUUGAAAAAUAAGAAAAUGUAGAUAAGUUUCUGUGAAUGGGCAUUCUGUAUAUAUGUUAUUGAUUAAUUUGUAUUAUAAAUGAAUGAACAUGAGUAUAUACAUAUAAAAUCUGUUUACAUUUCAUCAGUCCUAAGUGACUGAAUUUUCACUAAUAAAUAGUUACAAGUAUUACUUUCGGAUGUCAUAUUUAUGGAAAUAAAAAAUGCUUGCACAUUGGAAAUUAAGAUAUCAAUAAUUCGUUUCUCAAGUUUGGUCCU